ACUCAUGGUUCUAAAAUUAGUCCAGUCACGUGAAGAUAAGCUGCAUAGAUAAGAGCUCCAACUCGCAGAAUUUUCAUAUCGAGCACACAACCUGCAGCCAAUACACUCAUCGUUUUACGGAAGCUUCUAAAUAUAUCACAUCACAAACUUGACAGGGAAAGAUUUUGCCAUCAGGAAGAAGCAAUGUUGUCAAGAAUCAUGUUCAGACAUUCUGCCACCAGGCUAAUCAAUCGUUCCUCGCUGGUUACCACACUGACCACAACACUAACCACAACACUAACCACAACACGCCAGCAAAAUCGGUCAGUUUCGGGAGGGUCCCCGUUGACAAUAAAGGAUCAUUUUCUUCCUGGCGACUGGUUGUGUAAAAAGUGUGGUCGUCACAAUUUUGCUAGGAGGGAAGAAUGUAGAUGUGGUUACAGUAGAAAUGCUUCUCUAUCAACUAUUAUCAGCAAAAACCUUCCAGCUCGUAAGUCACCGGACUGAGUCCCCGCGAUUACAUACUAAACUUUCCACAGCAAUUGGACCAUAUGUAAGUUAAAAACUAUCCCAAACGAAACCGGAUAUUCUUCCAUAUUGAUCAAUGUUUCGAGUCCAUAGUCCCAUGCUGUGCAAACGUCUUUCGCUGUCUUUGUUUCCGGUCAACUACCAGCAGAUUUCGAAGGAAACCUUGUUGAAGGCACAGUGCGUGAAAAGACGGAGGCAGUUCUAAAAAACCUUCAAGAGGUUCUCGUCACUGCUAACUCUUCCCUCGACAAGAUUGUGAAGGUCCAAAUUUUCUUAACGGACAUGAAGGAUUUUGCCGAGAUGAAUGAGGAGUAUGAGAAGUGGAUCACUCAUAAGCCGGCAAGAAGUUGUGUUGCUGUCAAGGAGUUGCCAAAGGGUGUCAAUAUUGAAAUUGAAUGCAUUGCCUUGCCCUGAGCUGAUACAUUGUGUAUUGCAUGGCGGAAAUAUGUCCCAUCAUAUUGCAUAGUACAAAUAACCAAAAUCUCUACAUGUUUUGCGUAAUUUUGCUGUCGAUUAACAAGCAUUGGACUGUGUGAAGGAUGAGAUGGAAGCAAGAGUUGAGAGCUAUGAUCGCAUGAUAAUAAGGAGCCUUUCCUGGCAUCUGCGAGGGAGUAAAAGCUAGGAUAUGUAUAGAAUUUUACGUCGAUUCAAUAGGCACAAAGUUGUAGUCGUAUGGAUUUAGAUUCGAACGUUUUCCAGAGAAACGACGAAGAAUUUGGUACUGUGGUGAGCUUUUUACAUGGUUGAGAUGA